AUGAGGAUCGGGUGUUUGCAGUUUGACCCUCGCCUCGGCGAGGUCGACAACAACCUCAACCGCGCUGAUGACAUCCUUGACGGGGUAAAUCCAGAAGAUCUCGAUGGCCUCGAUCUGCUUGUUCUCCCAGAACUAGCCUUCACUGGCUACAACUUCAGAUCUCUACAGCACAUUGCGCCGUGUCUUGAAGAAGCCGGUCGUGGAAUUACCUCGCUAUGGGCUCAGAACACCGCGCUCAAGUACGACUGUGCUGUGGUCGCGGGCUAUCCAGAGAAGGUGGACGUCUCUGCCAACUGGCCGGCGUCUCCCGAGUAUUAUAACUCGGCCUUCAUCGUCGACGGCGAUGGUGACCUAGUCGGCAACUACCGCAAGUCAUUUCUCUACUACACUGACGAGACGUGGGCCCUCGAGGGCGCAAGCGGGUUCUUCCAAGGCCAGAUACCCAAACUCGGGAACGUCGCGCUCGGGAUUUGCACCGACCUCAAACUCGAAGCCCCCUGGGAAGCGUUCGAGUUUGGCUUCCACAUCACUAAGGUGCAGGCAAAUGUCGUGAUUCUGUCCAUGGCCUGGCAGACGCACCAGGACUCGGACUCGUUCAACCUCAGCCCCGCGGAACCCGAUCUUGAAACCUUGACCUACUGGGUGCAGCGACUCGAGCCGGUGAUCCGCGAAAACAAGGAGGAAGAGGUUGUCGUGGUCUUUUGCAACCGCACAGGGGUUGAGCACGGAGUCACGUACACCGGCACAAGUGCUGUGCUUGGCAUCAAGGGGGGUCAAGUGUUUGUCUAUGAUGUUAUGGGGCGCAGCGAGAGCGGGCUGCUCGUGGUCGACACCGAGAUCGCACCCAGGUGCAAGCUUACGAGUGCUGACGCCGUAGCGGCCGAUGAGCCCGUCUACCAAACGCCAAAGACCCCGCUCGAAGCGAAACCUCUGAAGCCAGCGACCCGGUUAACGUGCCAGAUUCCAGACAACAGCAACCUGCAGGAUGAACACGACCACGAAGACUGUCCUUGUCACCUCGGCGACGCAGGCCUAGAUCGCGGCCUCAACAGCCCCCGACAACCCACCUCACCUCGACAGCCUACCUCACCCCGACUCCCCUGGCUUGCGCAACCCACCUCCCCAGGCACGCCCACCGACACCCGCUCACCCACACGACUCCAGAUCCCAACUCCGUCCCGACCGCAGUUCGAAGAAUUCACAGCCAUCGACAGCGCCAUCAACGACGACAUCAUCAUCGACACACCAGCCGGCAGCGCCCUACCCGGCACGCCAGCAUUUGCGCAGCGUCUGUUGGGCCGGCCCAAGUUGGGGGUCCCUGCGGCCGCUGGCGGCGCCAGCAACAACACACCGUCCUCGCCCUGGCGCUUCCACAACGACACCCAGAGCCCUUACCCGUGGCAUCACCAUGAGGGCUCGCAGUCGUCCGUCUUUGGCGCGGGCGCGGCUAUGACGCCUAUUACGCCGUUUGAUGAAGACGGGUGGAGCUCUACGCCGAUUGAGCAAAAGGCGCCGCCGUCGUGGUUUUGGAGGCAUGAGCCGAAGCUGACGGCGUUGAAGGAGUCGAUUAUUGAGGAGGAAGAGGAAGAUGAGGAAGAGGAAGAAAAGGAAGAAAAGAAGAAGACGAAGCAAGAAGUGGAAAUUCCCGAAGAAAAGGCGGAGUCAAGCAAGCAAAAGGAGGUGGAAACUAAACAGAUGGUGGAACGCACACGGGUAUCCGCUCCAUCCGAGGAAAUCACCUUUUUCCUUGCGGAGGAUUCACACACAGGCUCAGAAACGGAAGUGGAAGCAAAGGGGUUCGACAAGGAAGACUCGGAAGAACCGGAACCGGCCGACAACGACUGGGCCAGUCUCACCGAUGUUCUGCAAGGCCUCAAAGUCCGCCCCGGCUCGGCGUUCGACUGGAAGUCUUCCUCCGAGCGUCCCAACUCUCCCAAGUCGCGGAACAUGUCACGAAGUUCGAGUCCAUUCCAGCUUUUCCAGCCCUCUGAGCUGGGAUAUGGGGACGAUGAGCAGACGGCACGGGAGCUACCUAGCAAAGUCAGUCCUCGGCUAAACCAGCAGAGCCACUCUUUUGAGGGCCCAGGACGGGAACGACACCGGCGGCCUUCUGGGCUGCGACAUGCGACCAGUUUUGUGGAAGAGCGCGAUUCUGAGCCGGGCGAGGACUCAGAGUUGGGAUACACUGCUCGUGGUCGAAGGGGGAACUUGAAGCCUGCGACUUAUCAGCCGCCCCUCUACCAACCCGACCUCCCUAGGGCCAACGACGACAACAACAACAGCAACAAUAACAACAACAACCACACAACUACCCUCUCCACGACGCCACAACCCAACCUCUCCGCACAACCCAAUCUUCCCACACAAGACAACACCAACUCCAACACCAACAACACCAACAACACCAACGAAAACAACAACGAAACCACCUCCCUCCCCUCCCCAACCUUCACCUACCCCCUCACAUCCCCCAAAACCCCCUCCACCAAACGCAAACCCCCUUCCCCCCUCUACUUCAUAAGCCCCACCAACACCGCCAUCCCCGCCGGCCCUCUCACCGCCGCCCUCGUAACAUCCGGCAUAUCCCUCUCCACCCUCACCACCCCAGCCCUGACCACGGCCGGUCUGUCCUCCGCCACCUCCGCCACUUCCUCAUCCAUGUCCUCUGCGCUAUCUGCCCUGUCGGCUACCUCGGCGACUUCCGGGCCGUCGGUGCUGUCGGCUAUGUCUGGGUUUGGACGGUAUCGGGAGGAGGGGGGGGAUAGAGAUAAGAGUGAGUAUGAGGAUUAUGGGGAUUAUCAGCGGUGGAGGGGCGGUUGGGAAGCUGGUGGUGAUGGUGGGGAUAAGGGGAAGGGGAAGGGGGUGGAUAGGCGGUACCUAAAAGAGGGGGAUGGGUAUGAGGAGAAGGUUUGGGUGGAUGGAGGGGAAGGGAAGGGUGAAGAGAGAGUUUCUCGGUGA